GCCGGGAGCGGGCGCGGCCACAGGGGCCGCCGCGGGGCAGUGGCUGGCGACCCCUGCUCGGGAGUGUGCUUUCUCCUCCUCUUUCUUUCUGGGGUUGGGAGAAAGGUGUGCGGUGCUGGGCUGACAUCCGCGGUGCCCUCCCUCUGCCCCACCUCAGAACUUUGCCCAUUACUCCUCAACAUGACCCAACUCAUCCGAUGCUCCAUCACCAGGUUAGGAAAUAUGGAGAUUUCCAUGGGCAUUUGGAGAAGAGUCCCAAUAGUUACUGAAAUUUUGAAUUAGGUUUGUUAGAAAAGAUAGAUGGAGUAUAAGGCAAUUGCCCAACAAACUGCCCAAGAAGUUUUAGGUUACAGUCAAGAUAAAUCGGGCUGGAAAGUGGUGAAAACUUCAAAAAAGAUAACUGUUUACAGCAAAGCAUCUAGAAGAUUCCUGGGAAAUCUAUACCGUAUUGAAGGGAUAAUUCCAGAAUCAACAACUAAGCUAUCUGAAUUCCUCUACCAACCUGGAAACAGAGUUUCGUGGGAUAAAUCGCUGAAAGUGUACAAUAUGGUACACAGGAUAGACUCGGAUACGUUCAUAUGUCACACCAUCACCCAGAGUUUUGCCAUGGGCUCCAUUUCCCCCCGAGACUUUAUCGACGUAGUAUACAUCAAGCACUACGAAGGGAACAUGGACAUUAUCAGCUCUAAAAGUGUGGAUUUUCCGGGCUAUCCUCCAACUUCACAUUACGUGCGUGGAUAUAACCAUCCUUGUGGCUACGUCUGUUCACCUCUGAAAGAAAAUCCAGCAUAUUCCAAACUGGUGAUGUUUGUCCAGACGGAAAUGAGAGGAAAACUGUCCCCAACAAUCAUCGAAAAAUCCAUGCCUUCCAACUUAGUAAACUUCAUCCUCAACGCCAAGGAUGGAAUAAAGACACAAAAGCUCACGGCGUCACGUGACUGUCACCAUACCGGUCAUUCAUCAUGCCAAAAGAAGUGACGAGACCCUCCCCUGUGAAAUCAUGGGUGGCACUCACUGCCCAGUGCACCUGCGCAGAGGCCGCUCAACGAUGCUACACUGUAUUCUUAUACAAAUCACUGAAGAUACCUUGUGAAACUCAGAACUCACGGCUGUACAAGAAGGCAGCAUUAAAUAUAGUUUUUAACCUCACAUAAGAAUGAUGUUAAAUAACCAGUGUUGUCCAUACACUUUUAUCAUUUGCUUUCGUUCCUCGGAAAAUGUUCUGUGUAAGAAUCAGUAAGAAAGGACAUAGUCAGAGGUCAGUGUCGAUUAAAGAUGAAAAGACACUUGAA